AGUUUCCAAUGCUUGUCCCCCACCGAGUGUUGGCACACUUUGUGGUUCGUGUAAAUAUCAAAUGGAGACCAGUUCUCUUCAGCCUCCACCCAACUUUCCUUUUCAGUUUCUUGGGUUGGCGAAAAGUUUGUUAGUGAGUUCGGUUUAUUGGGUUCCUGUGUUUUUUCUUCAGCAAGGAGACAUGGAGAUUGAUCUUUCCCCCAAGUUGGCGAAGAUCGUGUACGGAGGAAAUGGAGGGGGUUACUUUGCUUGGUCGCCCGACGACCUUCCGAUGCUCCGUCAAGGAAACAUAGGUGCGGCCAAACUUGCCCUCGAGAAGUAUGGCUUUGCCCUUCCUUGUUAUUCCGAUUCUGCCAAGGUCGCUUAUGUUCUUCAAGGCAAUGGUGUUGCCGGCAUUGUCCUCCCUGAGAAAGAGGAGAAGGUUUUAGCAAUAAAGAAGGGCGAUGCCAUUGCCCUCCCCUUCGGUGUGGUUACAUGGUGGCACAAUAAGGAAGACACUGAGCUUGUGGUCCUCUUCCUGGGGGAUACUUCAAAAGCCCACAGAGUCGGUUCCUUCACAGACUUCUUCCUCGCUGGUUCCAGUGGCAUCUUUUCCGGUUUCUCAACCGAAUUCGUGUGCAGAGCCUGGGACUUGGAGGAAGAUGUUGCGAAGACCCUUGUUGGGAAACAAACAGGCAAUGGCAUUGUCAAGCUUGAUCCAGAUUUCGACCUGCCUGAUCCCAAGGACGAACACCGAGCCGGAUUGGCAUUGAACUGCCUGGAGGCUCCUCUUGAUGUUGACAUCAAGAAAGGCGGAAGAGUGGUGGUUUUGAACACCAAGAACUUGCCUUUGGUCGGUGAGGUUGGCCUUGGCGCCGAUCUUGUUAGGCUGGAUGGCAGUGCAAUGUGCUCCCCUGGCUUCUCUUGCGACUCUGCCCUGCAGGUGACUUAUAUUGUCAGGGGCAGCGGCCGAGUUCAGGUGGUCGGGAUUGAUGGGAAACGUGUCCUUGAGGCCACCAUCAAGGCCGGCAACCUGUUCAUCGUGCCAAGGUUCUUUGUGGUGUCAAAGAUUGCUGAUCCGGAAGGACUGGAGUGGUUCUCUAUCAUCACCACUCCCGACCCAAUUUUCACACAUUUAGCUGGAAGCAUUGGGACAUGGAAGGCCCUGUCGCCACAGGUGGUUCAAGCUUCGUUCGGAGUUGGGUCAGAGAUAGAGCAAAUGUUCCGGUCGAAGAGGGCGAAUGAAGCCAUCUUCUUUCCUCCUCCAAACUAAGAAAGAACUGAGCUGGCUUUGUCUUGGUGAAAUAAUAAGGCAUUUUACAUCAGUUUCUAGCCGGACUAUAUCUAACCUGUUGGAUUAAGGUUCGGGCAUCGGAAUAAUUAUUAGUCUGUAAGAAGUUCGGAGUUUGGUUUACAUAGAAAGUACAUAAUGGGCCGCCACAACCUAUGUUGUACGAAAACAUCUCAUAGGAACCGUUUCCUCGUUUCUGAAACGUUUUAUAUUUUCGUUUUAAACUCUAUUUAUGUCUAUUUUUUUUUAGAAAAAUGUUCGUUUUCA